AUGCACAGGCAUUCGACUUCCCGGCUCAAGAACCUCCCCGCCCUCCUCCUUUUCCCCGGCGGCGAGGCCGCAGCGCCCGUCUCGUCGUGCCGAUGCUUCUCCGGCGGACUUUUGGACGUGUUCCGGUGGAACUCCGGCAUCACCGGAGCUUUUCUGAACGGCGACGUCGAGGGGGCCCGUCGGCUCUUCGAGGCGAUGCCACACAGGAACGCAGUCACCUGGAACUGCAUGAUCUCCGGGUACGCCCGCAGCCGCAGGCCAGCUGACGCGCAGAAGUUGUUCGAUCAAAUGCCCGAGAGAAAUGUCGUCUCCUGGACCGCGCUACUGACGGCCUACGCCAAGUGCGGCAUGCUGAAGAAGGCCCGGGAGAUUUUCGACGCUACGCCGCACAGAAACGUCGUCUGCUGGAAUGCCAUGAUCACCGCGUACGUCGACGGCGGGAAGAUCAGGGACGCAAGGGAGCUGUUCGACGAAAUGCCCGCGAGGAACACCACCUCGUGGGUGGUCAUGAUAUCCGGGUAUCUCCAUCGCAAGGUCGUCUCAGAGGCGCGGCUCCUCUUUGACCAGGCGCCCGUUCUCGCGACCUCCCUGUACAACGCGCUGAUCUCCGGGUACGUAGAGCUGGGCCGCAUCAAGGAUGCGGAAGAGGUGUUCGCUAAAAUGCCCAACCCAGAUGUCGUCUCCUGGAACAUCAUGAUCACAUGCCACGCCCGAGCCGGGAGGAUGGGCCGCGCCAAGGCUCUGUUCGACAGGAUGCCGCACAAGGACACCGUCUCAUGGACGUCCCUCGCACGCGGGUAUUUGCAGAACGGAAGCAUCGAGCUCGCCCGCAGGGCGUUCGACGAAAUGCCCGGCCGAGACGCCGUGGCCUGGAACACCAUGAUCGCAGGGUAUGUCCAUGCUGGCAUGCUGGCGCAGGCGCUGGGCCUGUUCGGGAAAAUGCCCCGCCGAGACGUGGUCUCCUGGAACUCGAUACUCCAGGGCUACGUUCGCGGGGGGGACAUGGCCGCGGCGAGGGCCUGGUUCAGGGGAAUGCCCCAGCGUAGCGAGACUUCCUGGAACACGCUGAUAUCUGGGCACCGCGACGAGCAGGCACUGGUCUUAUUGUCGAGCAUGAUGAGGGAGGGGUUCAAGCCGGAUCAGGGGACCUACACGGUCGCCAUCUCGGUCUGCGGCGCCCUCGUGGCGGCCGGAUGGGGGAGGAUGCUGCACCUCGGCGUGAUCAGCCGUGGGCUCGGGCGCGACACCCUGGUUGCUAGCUCCCUUAUGACGAUGUACUCCAAAUGCGGGCUGCUGACGGACGCCGUGCGUGUGUUCGGCAAAAUGCCCAAGAGAGACACCAUCGCAUGGAACGCCCUGAUAGGGGCGUACGCCCACCACGGGCAGGCCGCUGAGGCCCUGCGGUCCUUCGACGUCAUGCUAGAGAAGAAGGCGGACCCCGACCACGUGACGUUCCUCUGCGUGCUCUCGGCUUGUGUCCACAGGGGGCUGGUGGAGGAAGGGAGGCGGGUCCUUGAGUCGAUGCAUAAAGAUUGGAACUUGGCCCCAAGAUCGGACCAUUACUCCUGCGUCGUAGACCUUCUCGGGCGAUCUGGUUCGGUCCGUGAAGCCCAAAAGCUGAUCGAGAGAAUGCCCGACGGCCUGAAGAUGAACUCCUGGGAGACCCUACUGAGCUCCUGCCUCGUGCACGGUAACAGCGGCGUUGGAGGCCUCGCGGCGGAGAAGGUUCUCAGCUCCGAGCCGCAGGACGGGGGAGUCCUCGUUCUGGUGUCUAACUUCUACGCCGCCGAGGGGUUGUGGCGAGACGCGGCCCGCCUUCGGCAGUCGAUGAAGGGCCGCCAGGGAAAUAAGGAGACUGGUUGCAGUUGGAUCGAGAUCAAGGGGGCCAUGCAUGGGUUUGUAUCCCGCGACAGGUCUCAUCCUCGGACGGAGGAGAUAUACAGAGAGCUGGACAGCAUUUCUGCCCAGAUCCAAAGAUGA